AUGAUCCAACACAUCAACCUUGUUCGCCUUCGGGGUUUCUGCAUACAAGGUACAAAAAGAUUUCUAGUUUAUGAUUGCAUGUCAAAUGGUUCUCUAGAGUCUCACUUGUUUAAAAAAGACAACAUUAAUGUCUUAGACUGGAAAACAAGGUACAAUAUCUCAGUUGGGACUACUAGAGGAUUGACUUACCUCCAUGAGAAAUGUAGAGAUUGCAUCAUACAUUGUGAUAUUAAGCUCGAAAACAUUUUACUGGAUGCUGAAGACAACCUAAAAGUGGUUGAUUUCGGGCUUGCUAAGCUUGUCGAGAGAGAGAUUAGUCGGGUUUUGACAACAAUGAGAGGAACACGAGGCUAUCUUGUACCAGAAUGGAUAUCAGGUGAAGCAAUCACGCCAAAAGCCAAUGUUUUUAGGUAUGGAAUGCUGUUAUUUGAGAUUAUAUCAGGAAGGAGAAACAGUGACAUAGCAGAUGAGGAAAUGGAUUAG